AUGGCUCACGUGCCCCCCGUGGUCACUGGUGUCACCAGUGUCACCCUCCUGUCUUGGUCCCCAGCCCCAGGCAACACCACCCCCCUGCACAUCGACUCCCCGUCCUCCGCCGUGGUCGAGGGACAGACCCUGGACCUCAACUGUGUCAUCGCCAGUGGCCCUGCCCAGGCCACUGUCACCUGGUACAAGCGCGGGGGGACCCUCCCGGCCAAGCACCAGGUGUCUGGCUCCCGGCUGAGGCUGCUGCAGGUGACGGCGGCCGACUCGGGCGAGUACGUGUGCCGGGUGACCAGCGGGGCCACCACCAGGGAGACCUCCAUCAUGGUGACCAUCCAGCCCAGCGGGGCCAGUGCCUACCCCCCGGGCAGCACGACCCCCCUGCGCAUCGAGUCGUCAUCCCUGUCAUCCCCCGUGACCGAGGGACAGACCCUGGACCUCAACUGUGUCAUCGCCAGCCCCGCCCAGGCCACUGUCACCUGGUACAAGCGCGGGGGGACCCUCCCAGCCAAGCACCAGGUGUCUGGCUCCCGGCUGCGGCUGCUGCAGGUGACGGCGGCCGACUCGGGCGAGUACGUGUGCCGGGUGACCAGCGGGGCCACCACCAAGGAGAUCUCCAUCAUGGUGACCAUCCAGCCCAGCGGGGCCAGCGCCUACCCUGCUGGUGUCACCCCCCCUGUGCGCAUCGAGUCCUCGUCCUCCUCCGUGGCCGAGGGACAGACCCUGGACCUCAACUGCAUCGUGGCUGGGCAGGGACAGGCCACUGUCACCUGGUACAAACGUGGGGGGUCCCUCCCAGCCAAGCACCAGGUGUCGGGCACCCGCCUGCGCAUCCCGCAGGUGACAGCGGCCGACUCGGGGGAGUACGUGUGCCGGGUGACAUCGGGCACUGCCACACAUGAGACAUCCCUCAUCGUCACCAUCCAGACUGGCGCCGGCUCCUCUUACGGCGUCGGUGUCACGCCGCCGGUGAGGAUCGAGACUUCGUCUGCUGCCGUCACUGAGGGACAGACCCUGGACCUCAACUGCAUGGUGGCAGGACAGGGUCACCCCCAUGUCACCUGGUACCGGCGCGGGGGGGCUCUGCCCCCCAACAGCCAGGUGUCGGGGACCCGCCUACGCCUCUCCCAGGUGGCGGUGGCCGAUUCGGGGGAGUACGUGUGCCGGGUGACCCUGGGCAGCGUUCAAAAGGAGGCGUGCUUGUCAUUGUCACGUGCCCAGGCCAGCGCUGGCACCCUACUUACGGCCGUGAGUGCCUCUGGUGUCUCCCAACCCCUCCACAUCGAGUCCUUGUCCUCGGCCAUCGCCGAGGGACAGACCCUGGACCUCAACUGCGUGGUGGCCGGGUCCGGCCCCACCACCGUGACGUGGUACAAGCGCGGGGGGUCUCUGCCCGCCGGCCACCAGGUGUCGGGCAGCCGCCUGCGCAUCCCCCACAGGUGA